AUGUCGAAGAAAUUUAGCUCAAAAAACUCCCAAAGAUAUGUGGUGGUGCACAGACCCCAUGACGAUCCUUCAUUUUAUGAUACAGAUGCAUCUGCACAUGUUUUGGUUCCUGUCUCCAAUCCAAAUAAGCCUUCUACAGAGGUGGAUCUUCGAAAACAAGAUGUGGGUUUGAAAAAACCAAAGGAGAACAAAGCUCACGUUGGGGAAGCUGCCUUAUAUGGUAUUAAUUUUGAUGAUUCUGAAUAUGAUUAUACACAACAUUUGAAGCCAAUAGGCCUUGACCCUGAGAACUCCAUCUUCAUAGCCUCCAAGGGCAAAGAACAGAGGGUGGGAAAAAAAAAUAUUGAAGAUUUAUUCAUCGAACCUAAGUAUAGACGUGAUGAGAUUGAGAAGGAUGACGCACUACCUGUUUUUCAACGAGGCAUGGCCAAGCCAGAAUAUUUACUGCACCAACAAGAUACCACCGAUGAGAUUAGAGGUUUCAAACCUGAUAUGAAUCCCGCAUUAAGGGAGGUACUGGAAGCGUUAGAAGAUGAAGCGUAUGUUGUUAAUGAUGACGUUGUAGUUGAAGAAAUCAGUAAAAAGGCACAAAUCCAGAGCGAUGACCUUGGAGAAGAAGAAAAUGAAGAUGAUAUUUUUGCACAACUACUAGGAAGCGGUGAGGCGAAGGAUGAAGACGAAUUUGAGGACGAAUUUGAUGAAUGGGACAUCGAUAAUGUAGAAAAUUUCGAGGAUGAACACUACGUGAAAGAGAUGGCACAAUUUGAUAAAAUCGAAAACCUGGAAGACUUGGAAAAUAUUGAUUACCAAGCUGAUGUUCGAAGAUUCCAAAAGGAUAAAUCUACUCUAGAAAAGUAUAAUUCGGAUGAUGAGUUUUCUAAUGCCGGUUUAGAAAGUGUCAAUCCCUCUGAAGAGGAGGACAUAUUGGGUGAGCUGCCCUCUAUCCAAGCCAAAAGCAAGACAGGGAAGAAGAACAGAAGGAGCCGUCAGAAGAAGGGUGCCAUGUCUGAUGUGUCCGGAUUUUCUAUGAGUUCAAGUGCCAUUGCGCGUACAGAGACGAUGACAGUGCUGGACGAUCAGUACGAUCAAAUCAUCAACGGUUACGAAAACUACGAGGAAGAACUAGAAGAGGACGAAGAACAGAAUUAUCAACCGUUUGACAUGUCAGCAGAAAGAUCUGACUUCGAGUCAAUGCUUGAUGACUUCUUGGACAACUACGAACUAGAGAGUGGUGGCCGUAAACUGGCUAAAAAGGAUGAAGAAAUUGAAAGACUGAAGGAAGCAGCAGACGAAGUUAGUAAAGGUAAACUGUCUCAGAGGAGGAAUCGUGAAAGGCAAGAAAAAAAGAAGCUUGAGAAAGUCACCAAUACACUAAGCAGCUUAAAAUUCUAG